AUGGCUUCAGACAACCCUUCCGCCGAAAGGGAUGCGUCCUCAAUGAAACCUCCUGACCCGGAAAGUUCUCGCCUUUCUACUUCCUCGACCACACUUGAGCAAAGGGACUUGGACGAGAGGGCCUCGGCCAACAAUGACGAAAUAGAGAAUGCAGAAAUACACCAGCUAGCCAGACGAAUCACGGCCCGGUCUAGGAAGAGUGGCCACGCCCCAGAGUUCAUUUUCCCUACCGCCGCGGACGGUCCCCUCGACCCCAACAGCGAAUCCUUCAACGCCAGAGAGUGGGCGAGGGCUUACUACGCCUCGCGGGCUGCUGCUUCUGAUGGAAACGCUGCUCGCACGACCGGAAUCUCAUUCAAGAACCUCGACGUGUACGGUUACGGAACCCAGACCGAUUUUCAGAAGACGGUUGCCAACGUUGCCCUCGAGGGCGCCGGUCUUUUCAGGAAGUUCUUUGGUGACAAGGGCCAACGAAUUGAUAUCUUGCAUGGUCUGGAGGGAGUUGUGCACGCUAGGGAGAUGCUCUGCGUGCUUGGCCCUCCGGGUUCCGGAUGCUCGACCCUGCUGCGAACUAUAGCAGGCGACACGCAUGGAUUCCACGUCGAUCCCAAGGCGACACUGAACUACCAAGGCAUCCGGCCCGAACAGAUGGCCACGGCCUACCGGGGUGAGGCUAUCUAUACGGCCGAAGUCGACCACCAUUUCCCGCAUCUGACGGUUGGCGAUACGCUCUACUUUGCGGCCCGAGCCCGAUGCCCCCCCAAGGGCAAGAUCCCCAACAACAUCGACCGCCGAGAAUAUGCAGAGCACCUUCGAGACGUCAUUAUGGCCAUGUUUGGUAUUUCACAUACGAAGAAUACCCGUGUUGGCAAUGACUUUAUCAGGGGCGUCAGCGGCGGGGAACGGAAGAGGGGUGUCUCCGGGGCCGGUAAAACUACUCUGCUCGACGUUCUUGCCAGUCGCGUCACGAUGGGCGUUGUAUCCGGCGACAUGUUGGUUGACGGCCACCAGAGGGACUCAUCAUUUCAGCGAAAGACAGGUUACGUGACUCAGCAAGACCUCCACCUGGCUACUUCGACCGUCCGUGAAGCUCUCUCGUUUAGCGCUCUUCUUCGACAACCGGCGAAGUACUCUAAGGCCGAGAAGUUGGCCUAUGUCAAUACCAUUAUCAACCUCCUAAACAUGAGCGAGUACGAUGACGCCAUCAUCGGCAUCCCUGGCGAAGGCCUUAACGUCGAACAGCGAAAACGGCUCACAAUUGGGGUGGAAUUGGUUGCUAGGCCGCAGCUUCUAUUGUUCCUCGACGAACUAACCUCUGGCCUAGAUAGCCAAACCUCUUGGUCCAUCUGUGAUCUCAUGGAGGAACUAACCAAGGCCGGCCAGGCUAUUCUCUGUACCAUUCAUCAACCUUCUGCUAUGCUAUUCCAGCGAUUCGACCGCUUAUUACUCCUGGCGAAGGGAGGUAAGACCGUUUACUUCGGCGAGGUGGGAGCAAACUCCAAGACACUAAUGGAUUAUUUCGUCCGCAAUGGCGGCCCGGCAUUGCCCGACGGCGUCAAUCCGUCUGAGCACAUGCUGGCCGUGAUCGGCGCCGCACCCGGCGCGCACACGGACAUUGACUGGCCGGCUGUGUGGAGGGGCUCUUCAGAAUACCAAGACGUUCAGAACGAGCUCUCAAGGCUUCAGUCGGAUGAGAAGGCCAGAUCAGCGACUGUAUCCAAGACUGCAGACCAUUCCGAGUACAGCGAAUUCGCAGCCCCAUUCAUGGUCCAGGUCAGGGAGGUGACAAAGAGGGUAUUCCAGCAAUACUGGCGUAGCCCAGCUUACAUCAUCUCCAAGUUCAUAUUGGCUACCGGCGCGUUAAUGCCCGUCUUCUAUGAUCAGAGAACCUUAUAUGAAGCUCGUGAGAGGCCUUCCAAGUCAUACGGCUGGCAGUCUUUUAUGAUUGCGAAUAUGUCGGUUGAGAUUGCCUGGAAUUCGUUCAUUUCCAUUUUUUGCUUCAUCUGCUGGUAUUAUCCCAUUGGAUUGUACCGGAACGCCGAGUGGACCGACGAGGUGCAUAUCCGCGGCAUCUGCAUCUUCCUGCAUGUCUGGAUGUUCUUCCUGCUUGCGUCCUCGUUUGGACAUCUGUUGAUCGCCGGAGCCCCCAACGCCGAUAUCGCCGGAGGCAUCCUGAACUUGCUCUUCAUCAUGAUGUUCAUCUUUUGUGGCAUUCUCGCCGGCCCGGAUCAACUUCCAGGCUUUUGGAUAUUCAUGUACAGGGUCAAUCCGUUGACAUACGUUGUCGAGGGGUUCAUGGGCACGACACUGGCCAACGCCCCGGUGGAGUGUGCCACCAACGAAAUCAUCACGUUCGAACCUCCUGGGAAUGGAUCGACCACCUGCGCCGAGUUCUUGGAGGAGUACAUCACGGCGAAGGGCGGGUACCUGAUUGGCAACAGUGGCACGAGUACCCAGGAGUGCAACUACUGCCCACUUGCCGACACCAACGGAUUUCUUGCUGGUGUCAACGUCAAUUUUGAUCACCGAUGGCGCAACUUCGGGUUCCUGUGGGUCUACAUCAUCUUCAACACGGCCGGGGCCGUCUUCUUGUACUGGCUUGUUCGCGUUCCCAAGAAGUCCAAGGUCAAGAAGGAGUAG